GUGUCAUCUGAUAUACAUUUAAUAUUUAUUGAUAAUUUUUAUUAUUUUAAAACGUUCUUUUAAUAUACCUAAGCUACGUUUAGUUUCUACCGGUAUAAUAUUUUCUUGAUUUAAUUUAAAAUCUCUUAUAGUCAUUUACAAAAAUAAUUUUCCCUAAAUUGUUUGUUGCAUAUUCGUAAUUGCCGUAAAUCUGAUGAAAUAUUCUUCUUGUCUUCUCUUUUAAUCUUCUAAUCAGAUUCAUAAGAGUGAUAACCGUUCGCGAUUAUCGUCGGUUUUAAUUAAUUCUGUGAUAAUUAUCGUCGUCUUUUGCGACUCGACGUGUCGUUCUUAUUCGAUAUUAUGACGGCGAGGAGCGAUACGCCGUUACAGCCUCGUAAAAACCGGCAUUGUUUCGAGGAAACACCCAGUGGAUGGUAAGCCGCCAGAAAGCGCCGUGCUGGUAUUUGGCAAAGCCGUGACAACGUCGUCGACGUCGCACCUCCGCUUAGUCUGCUAGACUAGGUCCAGGUAGCCUAGGGAGGCCACAGCAGCCUGUAUAUCUCUUCCUCGGUCUGGUACAUCGCUGUCGUCUCCGCAGCAUCCAUCCUCUCUUACGCUCGCCGCUCGUUCGCUCGCGUUUCCGCACGCGAGCGAGAUGGUAGGAGAGAGAGAAGGGGGCAGAGAGACGCUUUUAGACACGGAGCGUCCACGAGCGUCGCGACGCCUUGAGGAGCAGUAGUCGCGUAUCUUAGCUUCCACCUUGCCGGCUCACACGGGCAACUUGUAACGGUUUGCGAUUUCGACGUUUCCACAAACGAAGAGACGUCAUAUUGUUUUAUACGCGCCGUCCUUUUGCUUUAACUCUCGCAAGACCUCCCCACCCGGGGAGGGGUGGUCUCACAGGCCACUACUGUAAUCAGUGAAGAGGUUCUCGUUUGAAGUGUCUCUUUAAUUUCUACUUUUUAAACCAGAUUAAUUAGCAUUUCUAGCUUUUUAGCUGGUUGCCGUCCGGCAACUCGUAUCUCGUGGUAAUAGAAAUAAGCGGCCUCUCGUUAGUCCGAAUUUCUUUCCGGUUGAAGCCAGAAGUCGCGCUUGGCAUUCGACCGUCUAGCCGUUGCCUUCCACAGCUGCGGAAUUAUCAUCGUUCCUUUGGGUGAUAAAAGUGUUCAGGUAAAAAUGGCACGCAUUUGCCCAGCGCGGAACGUACUUGUUUCGCUCGAUGUGUCCCGCGGUCGAAAGGUGAGGUGAUGGGUCGGCGCGAGUGAGCGGAGGAAAAGAGAGGUAAAACUCCCGUAUAUCUUCCCGGGGUGGCAUGGUAGAGUGAUCGCUCGCCACGGGGUGGUGGACGGCCGUCCGCGGACCGUCCCUAUCGUUGCACGACACCGGGUAGACACAAUUUCGCGAAGGUGGUGCGCGUGGCGAGACGGGACAAGGACGCGACGAUGGCAGAGCGUCCCAACGGGGGCAGGAGACGCUCGCGUCGCGACAGCGCGGACUCGAUACGCGGGACACCGCCUACGUCCAAGGACCGCAGGACCAAACGGCCCGGUAAGCCGGUCAAGGAGCGAUGGCUCCUCACGAGGAAGACGUGGCGGUACAUGGCCGACGCCGGCCGACGUCUCAUCCCCGACGGCACCCACAAUCGCCCGGAGGACAUACCGAAGAUCGAGCAGUACUUUCAAGACGUGUGCCAGAAGGAGCCGCGCUUCCUGCUCUGGAGGAAGGCCUCGUAUCCCGGCAGCCACGGCCUUCGGACCGCGCGACGUCGCAGGCAGAUCAAGGGCGGCAGCUGCCGGACCCAGGCCAGCUCGGCCGACGAGGCCGACGAGGCGAGGAGCUCGCCGCAGAGCUUCGUCCUUUGCGCGGCCCAGUCUGGCAAGUUUGAUCUGGCGAAGGCGAAGAGAGAGUGGCUGCUGACGUCAAGUGUCGGUAGCACCGACGGCGGCGGCGACGCUGACGGUGGCAGCACGCCAUCGAGCCCGAUAACGCAUCGCAAGACGUUUCGGGAGGACAACGAGGCUAAGGAGCUGGCCGACAUGCUACAGAAGUACCUGAACAUGCAGGGCGACACCACGGCCGAGCCGGCGGGGACGGCGACGGCCAAGUCGCAGGGUGCAGUUGGACAGACGGAGGGGAAAGAGCCCUUUGACUAUCGUAGUUUGAUAGAUAAGCUGCAGCAGCAUCUAGACACGAUUGUUGCUCAGGCGAAACGCGAGAGGGUUUAUCCCGGUCAGAGUAUUUCUAGCGCGAAAGACGUGGUGCCGGCGUCCAUGUUGCCAUAUCAGGGCGAUUACGUUCAUAAGUCACUAAUGGAGACGCUGAGUCGUUACUAUAGCAAAUCGCCUUCCCGCGAGCACGUUAUAUCCGAUAUCUUAACGGAUCGAAAACUCCUCGAAAAGCUUUAUUUUGAUCUAAGAUGCACAAGGGGCUUUAGGGGUCCCAGGGCGACCGGUGCUUAUAGCUCGCCGUCCGCUCGAUGGUGGGCACCCAUCAAAGAAUCUAGCGAUCGGUCACUCAGAAGAGACCCGAUCUCGCCGCCGCCUCUAAUCGCUGUCCAGGAACCUAGCACCGAUCGAAGCUUUCUCGACGAUGGCGUGCAAACCGAUCCGGUUUCCCAAGAUGUUCUCGACAUGUGUCUGUCGGAGAAGGAAAAGGAGGAACAGAAGGAGCAGACGUCGCACAAGACGUCCAGCGGACGGAGGCGCAGCAGCGUCGACAACGAUGACGUUUCACCGUCCGUGAGUGACACCAUCAAGAGGUACCUGCGGAUGGCGCGGAAGAAAUCCAUGGACGCGGAUAAAGUCGACCGAUUUAAGCGGGUCAACUACGAUCGGAAUUUGCGCAACAUCAAAGCCAAGGGUGAGAUCACCAAGCCCGGCGACGACGACGGCAAUAACAAGGGCUGUCAGACGGAGGACAACUGGAUGCUGCACUAUCGCGAGAUGUCCUUCGCUGGUCCCGGCGAGAUCACGUCCGAGAACAUGUCGGACGCCGACACGACGACAUCCCCGCCAGUCAGCAGGAACGCCAGCUCCAGAAGCAGCAUCGACGCCGGCCUCGGCUCCGAGGAGGCCUCCACUCCCGUUAAACAUCCCCCUCAUCAGUCCUUCCUGUCCCAUUUCUUGCAUGGCUCCAACGCGCAUAAGGAUAAGCCGCAUUCGGCGCCGGGCUCGCCGGCACUUACGUCAUCAACCGCCAAUUCCGCAGGUGGCACAGCGAUGCAGAAGAGCAAGUCCUCGAGUAGCGUGGUGCAUCAUGGCAGCCGGCUGGUGGCAAAGAAGAUCUGGCGGUCCAGGAGUAAGAGCACGUCGAGGGCGUCGCAUCAGCCAUCCGUGUGGACGCCUCAGGGGAAAUGCACGUGGGCGGGCACAGGAAGUCGGCGUGUAACUCUACAGGAUACGUCGUUGCGAACGCUGUCCGACAUUGAGAGGAAAGUUCUGUGCAAGGUAGCCGUUGCGAAGCUUCAAGCUCUCAAUCUGGGUGUACAUAUCAGACCACCGAGCGAAUCGCCUGGGUCAGUGACCACGAAGCCAAAGAGGCGGGCGUAUUUACUAAAGAGGAAGGCUCUCACAACGGGCUUCUUUGACAACAAAGGGAAAGAUGAGAAAGAAAAAGACGUUGCAGGUGGUCUAGUGUUUGGUAUACCGCUGUCGCAGUGCAUAGAGAACGACAGGAUCGCCAGGAUCGCCGCUGGAGAGGUCACCGAUGUCGGCUGCUUAAGCAGGAGUAGCAGGCACGGUAGUAGAGCCAGUUUCUCUAGUCUUAUAGAAACGCCGACGACUGCGGCAGCAAAAACGGAAGAGGGAGGUUCCUGCGAGUCGCUGUCGUCGAAAGGUGGUGCUCUUACUGGAAGCGAUUCUGGAGUACUUGAGCUGAGUGACAGUAGCGGGGGAGGCCUCGCCAGCGAAGUGGACAUGGUACCCGGCAUCGUUAGGCAAUGCAUUAGACACCUCGAGGCCACCGGUCUCCGGACUCUAGGCGUGUUUCGCGUGUCACCCUCGAAAAAAAGGGUGAGGCAGUUAAGAGAAGAUUUUGAUUGCGGUCGGGAGACAAAGAUAGGUCCCGAUCAAUGUCCCCACGACGUGGCCACCCUCUUGAAGGAAUAUUUCCGUGAUCUGCCAGAUGCUCUGCUCUGCCGGGAACUAUAUCAGGCCUUCGUGCAUACGCAAAAAAUCAGAAACAGGCGGCUGCAGCAAGAGGCCCUGCAGCAUCUCAUUCAGCUUCUACCCACGCCCAAUCGCGAAACUCUUUGGGCACUUCUCAACUUUUUGAGCGCUGUUGCGGCACACAGCGAGGACCAGAAGAACGAGGCGGGAGAGUGGAUCUCAGGGAAUAAAAUGGAUACGACGAAUCUCGCGACUGUGUUCGCGCCAAACAUUCUGCAUUGUGUGAAGCCGAAUCAAGUUAGGUCGGAGAUAUCGUCGGAGAGGGCCGAGGAGAGAAUAGAUGUGAUAAACGUGGUGCGAACACUACUGGAGCACACGUCGACAUUGUUCAUGGUACCAGCGGCGCUACUGGAUGAAGUAUAUCAACACAUGAUGGAUACUCAUCCAGUGGAGUUGGAUAUCGCCCUGUCUCGUCGCGCCGAAGAGCAAUGCGGAGAUGAAGUAGACCCAUGUAGCGAGGCGGAGACGUUCUCGGUGGAGGAGACGCUGACUAUGUCGACGACCACAGCAACGACGACAACGAGAAAGAUGUGGACGAGGGAGCAAUGUUUGCAUCAGACCGCGGGUGUUGGCGGUGAUAUUGGACCAAAGCACCGGCGGCCAAAGAGAUCGGGAAGCCGGAGGAAGGAGGAGGGCAGGAGCAACAGCGUUGAUAGUGGAUCGAGCGAGGAUCCGUCCGAUCCUCGGCGAAGAUCCUCGCCGAUCGUGAUUACCGCCAGUCUUACCAUACCCAUGUCCGACGUGUUUACCUUGAACCUUGACGACCCGGACAUUCCUUAUAUCGAGGAAGCACCGAAGCAACCGAGCGUUCCCCCGAGGCGGCAGAGGCAGAGGUCCACUUCCGGUUGCAGCGAAGGAGGAAGACACGGAAGUGAUAGUGCCGUGGGUUCCUCGGCGACCCUGUCGGGCGACCAAGCGUUGAGUUCCCCGCCCUCGUGGGCGUCGUCGCCGCCGGCGAGUCCCGACAGCGCGAUCACCGCCGUUUCCUACAUCCCGGAUCAGCAGGCGGUUCUCCAGAGAGUCUCAUUCACGACCUCGAGCGAGGUGAGGCAGGUGAACCGAUCGACCGGCCAGCAGGAAGCGAGCAGGAGUGCAGCGGUGCCGUACACGCCAAGCAUCACUAGCAUCGGCGGUGCGGUUUUGAGCGAGCGCCAGGUCGUUCGUUCGAAAUCCUGCGGGUACAUUCCGUAUACUGACGCGAACGUGCGCUCGCGUGAUUCAAGGUCCAAGACCGCCGAUAUCGAGAGGAUGCUGCAGAUCACGCGGUCAGACGUCGAGCAGCCCGCGGGCCUGCAAACGGGCAAGAACUCGACGGCGACCUCGAGCGAGAGCAAGAAGUACACGAAGCGGCGGUACACGGACUCGAGGCAUCAGACGCGCCACAUACCCGACGCCGAGACCCUGGCUGGCAGGACGCCGCUCGGCGUGACAUCGUCCACGUCGGCGACGUCGCCCACCGCCCCCGCCUCCUCGGCGGCAGUAUCGACGCAGAAGCAACGCAACGUGCCGGCGCAACCGGUGUGGAAGAGGCGAGAAUUGAUCUCCAGUGCUCCGAAGGAUAGGGAGGGAUAUUUUUAACUUAUUAUCUGCGAUUACAUCGAAUUGAGAUUCGAAAUUGUUGUUGAAUACAACGACAGCGACGGAUCAACGGUACGUACAGUUAGACGCAAACUGCGAUCUAGGUACAUGUUAUUGUCGUUAACUUUAGCAACGAAUAAACCCUUCUUCUUAAAAUUCAAUUUAUGUUCGGUUUGCAACUUAAUUUAAUUCUCGAGGACUAAAGUCUGCGUUCAAAGACAAAAGCGGGGUGAAAUUUUAUCCCAAAUUUCGGGUGUCGAUCCUUCCUGUCAGCAGUACAAUAAUAAUUAAGUAGUGCAUUUUUUUUUUCAUUUUUAAUUAAGAAAAUGAUGAUGAAUGUAUAUAAACAUGGUGGUUUUUGUCAGGGAAGUAUUGAAAAAUCCACUUAAAGGAAAGAAACACGAAAAAUGACUCUAAUUUCUGAACUAAUAUUCAGAUAAAGCCAAAUUAAAUUUAAUUUCAUUGUCUUUUAGAGUUAAUAUCGAUGUAAAGAUACGCGAAGAGCGUAACGGAAAGUUCUAAAUUUCUUUAUUUGAUUAUAAAUCCUAUUUUAAAUAAUUUCGCUACCUCUGAAAAAAAAAGUGCAGUAUUUUUCGCCCCGAUGACACGUAUCAAAAUUAAAUUAUAUCGCUUUCGCCUCGUAUACACGAUCUCGAAUUUCGAUUCGAUGAAUGGGACAGUUACUGCCGAUCAGGCGUGGCCUGGAAAAGUGUUCCUUAAUUACGUUUCUCAUCAUCUCGCGAGAUCGCACGACUUGGUAUCGCGAGACAUUUGUUGGUUCCUAGAUUGGUGCCGUCCUCGUGUUCGCGAAGGAUCUCCGUGACGAAAUGCGCAUUCUCAUUUUACGACAGGGUUUUAUCGACCCUUCCAGUCGGACGGACCUUGGCAAAGUUCAGUUAACGGGUGCCCGCGCGAAAGGACAAGGCAAUUGGCGGGAAAUGAUCAAAAGGGGGAAAUAGAAUAUUAUCUUACCUCUCGCGAUAGGGAAUUAAUUGUCGCGAGCUCGAUGUUAGCCUGAAAAUCAUUAUCCCCGAUGUACUUACCUAAUUACCAAUUGUCAUCCGACGAUGGCGAUGAGAAACUUGGAAUUUACUCAUCUUUUCUAAUUUGUCCUCUCUACGAUAUGAUUAUUAUCGUGAAUUGUCGUGAGAGACGCGUGCGUUAUAUUAUAUUAUCAGUGUCGUUAAGUUUUCUUUUCCAGUGUCUGUAAGUUAAUGAAUAAAAGUUAAUUUUUUUACUAUGCGUUGUCUUAUUUCAGCCUCGUUGCAGAUCAGAUCCAAGUUAAUAAGAUAAAAAUGUUUGAAUGCUUUCCUAAGUACUUUUUCUAAAUUAUUGGUUAUUAUGUUUUACAAAACUUUUCAAUAUAUUUUAUAUCACAUACAUGAUUUUUUUACGAAAUUAGUUGCUCGUAAAUUAUUUUAUAAGUCCUCCGUCCAUUGUUACAUGGUUAUUCUACAAAUACUUAUUUAAAAAAGCAGAAUUAUGAAGAAUACGAAACAUAUCAAGUAUCUUUGAAAAAAAAAA